GCUUGGAAUGGGCUCUCUUACCUUCAGUUGCAACCAACGCAGCCCAGAGGAGAAAAUGCGCGUCAGCUGCCUGGCCCUUUAACUACCUAAGCCCCGCUUCAGACCCCGCCCGGCUGUGCCUUUAAGAGGUCCCAGGGCAGAGUGGGAAUUCCCUGCCCUGCGGAGCGCCGCUGCCGGCUGCUUUUUUGAAUGGAACCAAAGGAGAACACAGACAAGAGAGAGAAAACUGGGACACAAAAUACGGAACCAGGGCUACCUCACUUCUCAGACUUAAUGUUCUCCCGGGGGUUAGGAACCACCAUGGCCAAUGGGGAGUCCAUCGUCCGCAUCCCCCCAUACCAUUACAUCCACGUGCUGGACCAGAACAGCAAUGUGUCCCGUGUGGAGAUUGGGCCAAAGACCUACAUCCGGCAAGACAAUGAGAGGAUACUGUUUUCCCCCUCGCCCAUGGUGACUGUCCCUCCACGCCAUUAUUGUGUAGUGGCCAACCCUGUGUGCCGGGAUGGCCAGGGCUCCGUGCUGCUUGAUGUCACAGGGCAAGUACGGCUCCGUCACGGUGACCAAGAGAUCCGGCUGGCCCAGGACCCCUUCCCGCUGUACCCAGGGGAGGUGCUAGAGAAGGCCAGCACCCCGCUUCAGGUGGUUCUGCCCAACACUGCCCUGCAUCUGAAGGCACUACUGGACUUCGUGCAUAAGAAUGGGGACAAGGUGGUGGCAGGAGAUGAGUGGCUGUUUGAGGGACCUGGCACAUACAUCCCCCAGAAGGAGGUGAAAGUCGUGGAGAUCAUUCAGGCCACAGUCAUCAAACCGAACCAGGCCCUGCGGCUGAGGGCACGCAAGGAGUGCUGGGACCGGGACGGCAAGGAGAGGGUGACAGGAGAAGAAUGGCUGGUUCGCUCAGUGGGUGCGUAUCUCCCAGCUGUGUUUGAGGAAGUUCUGGAUUUGGUGGAUGCUGUGAUCCUCACAGAAAAGACAGCCCUGCACCUCCGUGCUCGCCAGAACUUCCAGGACUUUCGGGGUGUGGCCCGCCGCACUGGAGAGGAAUGGCUCGUGACAGUGCGGGACACAGCAGCACAUGUGCCAGAUGUCUAUGAGGAGGUGCUGGGAGUCGUGCCCAUCACAACCCUGGGCCCCCGACACUACUGUGUGGUCCUCGACCCAGUUGGGCCAGAUGGCAAAAACCAGUUGGGACAAAAACGUGUCAUCAAGGGCGAGAAGUCUUUUUUCCUGCAGCCAGGCGAGAGGCUGGAGCGCGGCAUCCAGGACGUGUAUGUGCUGUCUGAGCAGCAGGGGCUGCUGCUGAAGGCGCUGCAGUCCCUGGAGGAGGGCGAGGAGGGUGAGGAGGGCCCACACCAGGCCGGGGACCACUGGCUCAUCCGAGGGCCCCUGGAAUAUGUGCCGUCAGCCAAGGUGGAGGUGGUAGAAGUGCGCCAGGCCAUCCCUCUGGAUGAGAAUGAGGGCAUCUAUGUGCAGGACAUCAAGACUGGAAAGGUGCGCGCUGUGAUCGGAAGCACCUACAUGCUAAGCCAGGACGAGGUCCUAUGGGAGAAAGAGCUACCUCCUGGGGUUGAGGAGCUGCUGAACAAGGCACAGGAUCCCCUGGCCGACAGGGGCAUGAAGGAUACCACCAGUAUCCGUCAGCCCUCUACUCCCCGGAACAAGACCCGCGUGGUUAGUUACCGAGUGCCACAUAACGCGGCUGUGCAGGUGUACGACUACAGAGCCAAGCGGGCCCGCGUGGUCUUUGGGCCAGAACUGGUGUCACUUGGUCCUGAGGAGCAGUUCACUGUGUUGUCCCUCUCAGCAGGGCGGCCCAAACGUCCCCAUGCCCGCCGAGUCCUCUGUCUACUGCUUGGGCCUGACUUCUUCACAGAUGUCAUCACAAUCGAGACAGCUGAUCAUGCCAGACUUCAGCUGCAGCUCGCCUACAACUGGCACUUUGAACUGAGUAACCGGAAUGACCCGCAGGAGGUGGCCAAGCUCUUCUCAGUGCCUGACUUCGUUGGGGAUGCUUGCAAGGCCAUCGCAUCCCGUGUGCGGGGGGCUGUGGCCUCAGUCACCUUCGAUGACUUCCAUAAGAACUCAGCCCGCAUCAUUCGUGCAGCUGUCUUUGGCUUUGAGCCAUCUGAAACCAAAGGCUCCGAUGGCUUGGCCCUGCCCAAGGCCAGGGACCGGGCCUUCUUCCCGCAAAAUGGGCUGGUGGUCAGCAGCGUGGAUGUGCAGUCAGUGGAACCUGUGGACCAGCGGACCCGGGACGCCCUGCAGCGUAGUGUCCAGCUGGCCAUUGAGAUCACCACCAACUCCCAGGAGGCAGCAGCCAAGCAUGAGGCCCAGAGACUAGAGCAAGAAGCCCGUGGACGGCUGGAGAGGCAGAAGAUCCUGGACCAGUCAGAAGCUGAGAAGGCUCGCAAGCAGCUCUUGGAGCUUGAGGCCAUGAGCAUGGCUGUGGAGAGUACUGGGACCGCCAAGGCGGAGGCUGAGUCAAGGGCAGAGGCUGCACGGAUUGAGGGAGAAGGUUCCGUGCUGCAGGCCAGGCUGAAGGCACAGGCCCUGGCCAUUGAGACGGAGGCUGAGCUCCAACGGAUACAGAAAGUACGAGAGCAGGAACUGGUCUAUGCCCGGGCCCAGCUGGAGCUGGAAGUGAGCAAGGCCCAGCAGCUAGCAGAGGUGGAGGUGAAGAAGUUCACACAGAUGACCGAAGCCUUGGGUCCCAGUACCAUCAGGGACCUGGCUGUGGCUGGGCCAGAGAUGCAGGUCAAACUGCUGCAGUCCCUGGGCCUGAAAUCAACCCUGAUCACUGACGGCUCCACUCCCAUCAACCUCUUCAACACAGCUUUUGGGCUGCUGGGGCUCGGGGCUGAUGGGCAGCCCCCAACCAGGAAGGCAGCUGGGGGGACCCCCCUUGAAAGCGCGUCUUUCCAGGCUGCUCCUACUCUUCAGGCCACAGGAGGCAACCACAUUGUGCCUUUCUAGGUCCGUAGUGACAACUGACCAAUAAGACCAGUAUAUCUGAGCACUUAAACCUUUUCUGGGUGGGGGAUGUGGCUCAGUGGAAAAGCAAUUGCCUGGCAUGCCCUAGGCUCUGAGUUCAAGCCCCAACACCACAAAAUAAAGUCAUUGUAUCUAAAAAGCAAAACAA